AUGGAGUUGUUGUCUAAUGCGUUUUAUCGUUUUAUCACAGACGCUGCAUCUGGGGAAGGACCUCUUCUUCCUGACGGACAGGAUCUAUAUUACAAAACAGUUAGAAUAUCACCUAUUCUAUCGGUUCCUCAAAGCAUAGUUCAUUCACCUCUCCUCAAGGUCUCACACAAGGACCAUGGCGCUAUCCUCCGGCAGAAGCGCAACGUGCUUUUCCCCAGCGGGGUCAAACUUUGUGCUGAAGAAGGUGUGCAACAAUCCAUUGCAAAUCACCUCAGCUACUUUCACCUGCGAGUGUGUCAGGAGACGGUGUGGGAGGCCUUCAAGAUCUUCUGGGACCGCCUCCCAAACCAGGAAGAGUACCAGACCUGGAUGAGCCAAUGCCUGGACGGCACAGCCACCGCUCUGGCGAUGGGCAAAAACUUUAGCCAAUCAAAGGAGCACCUGGCCCUGGUUGAGAGUAGAAUGUUGCUGACAGGGUCAACAAGUGCGCCCAACAACUCAUGGCUACAUAUGUGCAGCACCUCAACUCCAGCCACAGAACAGGAGGCUCAAGGAGAGGUCAUCAUAGAAGGGGCAGAGGUGGAGCUUCCCACAGAACCCACCAAUGACAUAGAGAUGGAAGUGUUGGAGUGGCCUACUCGGGCCCAGUUGGAGCAGGUGGUUGAGCUGAGUAUCUUGCUGAAGGGAGAGAGGUACAGCGAUGCUCUAAGAGACACUGCCAGCUUCCAGUACCAGACACUCAACCAGCAGUUCAUUGACAAGAUAGAAGAUGCUCUGGGGGGACUGCCAGGCUUGAAGAGUGUGACUGUGCUGGAGUUCAGGUUUCAGAAGGAUGCCCAAGGGUUGGAUGGCGUAGUGGUGGUCUAUGCGGUGACGGUGGAGGUGGAAGGGGAGGGGGUGAGCAGUGAGCAGUUGGACUACCUGACCCUGCAGUCCAACCUGGUGGAGAACUCCUACAGAGAGCUGAAGGAGAGGCCCACAGUGGUCUACAACAUCACUGACUUCAGGAACAACAUCACUGAGGCCCUGCUAAAUGACAACAUCAUCAGAGACACAACCCUGGCCCUGGACCCUGACUUACUGCAACUAGAGAGUGUGUCUAGUGUUCCUGAGUCCAUCGAGUCCACGGCUGGAAUUACCAAGGAUGACUGCUUGGAGGAAAUCUUGGCUACUGAGAUGACCCCAGAUGCCUCUGAGGUUAAAGCUGAGGAUGUGGUGAUGGGGGAGAAUGAUGUCAUUGUUCUGGCGGAGAGCGUGACCCUCCCCCCUGAGCCAGAGGUGACCAUCGAUGACAUGGGGAUGGAGGAGGAGGGUCUGCUGUUGGGGAACACUGUGGCUACAGAGAGCCCUCCCCCGGAGCUCCUCCCUGCAGACCCUGUCUCCCCCGAGCAGCCAGAGGGCAGUACGCUCCCCAAGCCUCCUCUGGAGAUAGAGCCCUCUGGGUCAGGUGUUGACAGACUUGAGGACCUGCCCUUCUUGCCCGAGGAAGAAGAGGAGCCAGCCUCAGCUGCAGAAGAGGAACAUACCAUAGAAGAAGAGGUCGUUUUGGAAGAGGUGAUCAUAGAGGAAGAGAUCUUAACAGAGGAAGCAGAAUCGAAGGUCCCUGAGGAAGUGCAGGUACAGGAGGAAGCAGUGGAGGUCCCUGAGGAAGAGGAGGAAGUAGUGGAGGUCCCUGAGGAAGAGGAGGUAAAGGAGGAAGCAGUGGAGGUCCCUGAGGAAGAGGAGGAAGAGGAGGAAGCAGUGGAGGUCCCUGAGGAAGUGGUGGUAGAAGAGGAAGUAGUGGAGAUCCCUGAGGAAGAGGUGGUAGAGGAGGAAGCAGUGGAGGUCCCUGAGGAAGAGGAGGAAGCAGUGGAGGUUCCUGAGGAAGAGGAGGAAGCAGUGGAGGUCUCUGAGGAAGAGGAGGUAGAAGAGGAAGUAGUGGAGGUCCCUGAGGAAGAGGUGGUAGAGGAGGAAGCAGUGGAGGUCCCUGAGGAAGAGGAGGAAGCAGUGGAGGUCCCCGAGGAAGAGGAGGUAGAGGAGGAAGCAGUGGAUGUCCCUGAGGAAGAGGAGGAAGCAGUGGAGGUCCCUGAGGAAGAGGAGGAAGCAGUGGAGGUCCCUGAGGAAGAGGAGGAAGAGGAGGAAGCAGUGGAGGUCCCUGAGGAAGUGGUGGUAGAAGAGGAAGUAGUGGAGGUCCCUGCAGCCCCAGAACCGGAGGCAGAAGCAGAGGUCCAGGGGGUCACCCCAGCUCUCACACCUGCCAAGUAUUUCCCUGGCCCAGACAUUUCCAUCACUCUGGAGCUGCAGACGAUCGACCCUGUGACAGACUAUGACCUGGUCCCCUUCGGUGGCACCAACCAAACAGAGGAGGGAAGCAGCGGGUACCCCUCUGGUGGGGUACAUGGUGUGGACCACAGCGUUGCCAUGCCAAUCAACCCUGGGCGGGCGCUGAUGGUGUUCUUCAGUCUGAGGGUAACCAACAUGAAGUUCUCAGAUGACCUCUUCAAUAAGAGCUCCCCGGAAUACAAGGCCCUGGAACAAAGGUUCAUAGAGCUGCUGCUCCCCUACCUCCAGUCCAACCUUAGUAACUUCCAGAACCUGGAGAUCCUGAACUUCCGGAACGGGAGUAUUGUGGUCAACAGCCGGAUGAAGUUCGGGAAGCCGGUGCCUCGCGGCGUCAACAACGCAGUCUACCUGAUCCUGGAAGACUUCGCUAACACAGCCUACAAGACAAUGAACCUGGCCAUCGACAAGUACUCACUGGACGUAGAGUCAGGUGACCAGGCGAACCAGUGUAAGUUCCAGGCGUGUAAUGAGUUUGCACAGUGUUCUGUGAACCGCUGGUCCGGCGAGGCGGAGUGUGUGUGUAACGCUGGGUACUUCAGUGUGGACGGACUGCCCUGUCAGAGCAUCUGUGACCUACAGACAGACUUCUGCAUGAAUGACGGGAAGUGUGACAUCAUACCUGGACAGGGGGCCAUCUGCAGAUGUCGUGUAGGGGAGAACUGGUGGUACCGUGGAGAACACUGUGAAGAGUACGUGUCAGAACCGCUGGUGGUCGGCAUAGCGAUUGCCUCCGUAGCCGGUUUCCUAUUGGUGGCUUCCGGUGUGAUCUUCUUCCUGGCAAGGACACUACGGGAUCAGUACGAUAAGGAUGAGACAGAAGACCCCUUACGGCGAGGGGAGAGUAUCCCGUCUCUAGAGAGGGCCACUAAGUACAACCCCAUGUAUGAGAGUGAGGCUACGACGGGCUAUAGCCACUACUACCGCCGCUACCCAGAAGCCCCGGUCUACAGCAGCGCCAGCGCCGAGGCCUCCACAGACUUCAGCAGCGAGGAGAUACGCCACAUCUACGAGAACAGCGAACUGACCAAGGAGGAAAUCCAGGACAGGAUACGCAUCAUCGAGCUCUACGCGAAGGACCGGCAGUUUGCAGACUUUGUGCGGCAGCAUCAAACUGCCCUGGAUACACGCAGAGAGAGCGCUCUUGAUACACACAGAGAGAGCGUGUCCACGUAGACCUGUACGGGACUCUCAGCUGUAUGCUGUGAAAAACGGGGUGCCCUAUUCUCUUGUCCCGCCCUUCUUCCUCUUUUCUCAGUGUCUUCUCUUGAUUGGGUGAGCUCUGCUGGAAUGGGUGUGGUGGCUGGGGGCAGAUCUGCUGCUCAUUGGAUGUCUUCCUUUUGGGGGAAGACCCGCCUCCCUCCAUUUGGAAUCAUAUUUGUUGCCUGAAAUGAUGACAUACGAAAUGCAAUGCUGUCUAGGAUACCUGUUCUUCAGGUAGCAGAUAAGACAUGAUACAGUCUUUCCUUUUGCAUUUAACGUCAUAUCUCAGCUCGUAGGGGUUGAGGAAAGUAUGAAUGUUGGAUGUGUACUUUAACGUGUCAUUGUCACUAUCUGCUGUUGUACAUAUUAUGUAUGAACUAGAGCCAGUUCUCAAAGGAAUGGUUUAUACCAGGGGUGCAUAGCUCAGGCCUUUAGGUAACUCAGGCCUUCAGGUAACUCAGGCCUUCAGGUAACUCAGGCCUUCAGGUAACUCAGGCCUUCAGGUAACUCAGGCCUUCAGGUAACUCAGGUCCUCUGCAGGGACUAAAACCAGCCGACAUUGUUGCCCUCUGGACCAGAGCUGUGUGCCCUUGUUCUAUACCCAGCUGUAGGUUGUGGGAGAUUGAGAGCAGCUGACUGGCCAGUGUCUGUGCUAUCCUUGGUGCUAUGGGGCCUGUCUCUGUUGUCUGGGUUUUUGGCCAGUAGUAAGCCUGGGUAGUGUUCUCCUGAAGUUGGGCAGAAACUUGCUGGAUGCACUUUGUUGGCAAAUCUCAAGUCUCAGCCCUGUAUGGCACUGGUGAGAAGUAGUGCACUUUAUUUCAGGAAAAGUGGAAAAUGUAGGGUAAAUCUUCCAUUUUAAUUCUGCUGCAAUAAAUUCCCUUCUUUCUCUCCCUUUCUCUCUCACUCUACAUCAGGAAUCAGUUUGUUUUCGGUAGAAAUAAAAUGUUACGAGAGGGAGGGAGAUGGUGAGCGCGAUUAGAGAGAGUCAGGGAGAGAGAGGGGAGAGAUCGAGAGGAAAGAGAGGGGAGGGGAGAGGAGAGAGAGAGGGGACAGAGGGGAGAGGAGAGAGGGAAAAGAGGGGAGAGGGAGCACAGAGAGAGGGGAGGGGAGAGGAGAGAGAGAGGGAAAAGAGGGGAGAGGAGAGAGAGAGGGGACAGAGGGGAGAGGAGAGAGGGAAAAGAGGGGAGAGGAGAGAGAGAGGGGACAGAGGGGAGAGGAGAGAGGGAAAAGAGGGGAGAGGGAGCACAGAGAGAGAAAUAUUUUGCCCGAGGACCAAAAUAUAAAAGAAACCACAUUUAGAAUGGAAACAAUCUUCAAGGGAAAAGAAAGCAAAGAUUUGAUCAGGCUGUCUGUUUUCAGAUAUAAUGCCAUAGAAAACAUUACAAAAACAGCAUUACAUGUAAAUGGGUACACAACAUGUGCUCUGUGGAUAAGCAAACUCUUAGCUGCAGCUUUUGCUUCAAUUGAAUUCACCAGCAAUGUGAAAAAGGUCCAUUCUGGAACCACUAGUUUGACCAUUAUCCAUGAUUUUCAACCUGUAAGUAUUUCAAAUCGAGAGGAGUGGUUUCCAUGUUGUUCCUUUCGUACUUUCAUCUGUUCCUCCAUGGGGUCACAUGCUUGACCCUGAUGUCCAGAGUGAAUCCUCAAAGUUGCAACUCUUCACGCUAUAGAUUUACUUUCUCACGUUUGUUUUGAAUGUGAAUAGUCAUAGGUCAUAAGAAUAUACAGAACGAAUCUCAAAUGGCAACCUAUUCCCUAUAUAGUGCACCACUUGCCUGAAGUAGUGCACCAUAUAAGGUAAAAGGUCCAAUUUGGGACGUAGCCACAGAAAUCUAGGAGAUAUUUAAUGUUUUAGGUUCAUGUUAUCCUGUCCUCUUCUCUCAGUCCUCUGUACGUCUCCCCAUAAGUGAAAACACAGGUUAUUCUGGUAAAGCAUACGAUUACCUUCCACUUACGACAAUGGCAUGCCUUUGCAAUCUGUGUGUGCAUUUUUAUAUCCAUUUUCUCGUGUGCAUAAAGUGGAUUUCUCGACAUUCUCCAUCUCCAUCGGGACACAAAGCCAACGGUUGGAUACAGAACUCUGUGAUGUAAAUACUAUCUAUGAGUUGGUGGUAUGUAAUUUACACUAGAAUGUCAAUUUGAAUGUGCUUGAAAUGUUGACAUGUUUCAUUGUACAGUCUGUUUAUUUUUUUUACAAUAUUACAUUACUAUUUGCAGUUUUGUCGAUGUUUAUUCUUAAAAAAUAUAGAUUAAAACAAAGCAAUGAUUAAAAAUACAUGUUUUAU